AUGCCACCUCCGUUCAAAGUGAGGAAGCCAGCGCGUAUGCCGCUGUCGUCAACCCCGCCACUAUCGACCUGCAAACAUGGGUGCGCACCACUUUCAGGAUGUGAAUCCAGACACUCUUACCCAACGUACAAAUAUUUCACCUCUCUUCGUCUUUCGAUUCUUUCUCUCUCUCUCUCUCUCUCUCUCAACGCUUUCUCACCCUCUUUUUUUCCAUAUUCUAACUCUCUCUCUCUCAUUCAACUUUUUCUUUUUUUUUUCUCGACCCUCUCUCUUUGUCUCUCACUUUCUUUCAACUCUUUCUCUCUUUCUUUCUCAAAUUUCUCUCUCUCUCUCUCAUUCAACAUUUUGUCUGUUUCUUUCUCCCUCCCAAUUCGUUCACUUAUCUCUUUCUCUCUAUCGCUCAACUCUUUUCUAUUUUAUUUCAUUCAUAUCUCAUCGCUUUUCUUUCUCUCUCUUUCUCUACACUUUUUCUUUGUGUCUUUCUCUUUCACUCACUCUCUCAGUUCUUUUAUUUUUUAUCCUCUCUCUUUCUCUCUCUCUCACUCUCUCAGUUCUUUUAUUUUAUUUUUCUCUAUCGGUGCAUACUCUAUCUAUCUUUCACUUUUCACCACUCUCACCAGAUAUGCAACCUCAUUGAUCGUCUGGAAAUAA